AAAUGGUGAGGAGUGGAACAGAGUGUUGGUGUGCCGGAGUGAUCAGUAUUGUAACGACUCAGGAAGUGAACGUUUUUCCGCGAGAACGCGGAGUUCCUUGAGGCUGCACUAUGAAUCUACCGUUGAAGAUACUGCUGCUGCUCGUGGCCACGCUGUGCCAGCCGACAGUUCAGUCUUCGAGGUUUCGAAACACAUUCAGCGAGAGCCGGCGACUGAGGGUCAAGCACAGCGCACUGCCAAACAGCGCCAGAUACAAAUACGAGAAUAAAACGUUGGAUGUGCGAGUGGAUCACUUUAGUUUCGCUGUACAGGACACCUUUAAACUGAGAUACCUCAUAAACGAUACUUGGGGAAAAGCAGAAAAUGCUCCUAUAUUCUUCUACACUGGAAAUGAAGGCGACAUCGAAGUUUUUGCGGAAAAUACCGGUUUUCUGUGGGAAACUGCACCAAAAUUUGGUGCAAUGGUAGUUUUUGCUGAGCACCGUUACUACGGCGAAUCGUUACCUUAUGGGAACAAGUCCUUCGCGGACCCGCAACAUCUUGGAUAUCUGACAUCUCAACAAGCUCUGGCCGACUAUGUGGAUCUUAUUGAACAUCUGAAGUCGAAGCCGGGAUAUAAUCGCAGCCCAGUUAUAGUUUUCGGCGGCUCGUACGGUGGUAUGCUCAGCGCUUGGAUGCGUAUGAAAUACCCUCACAUCGUUCAGGGUGCGAUUGCAGCCUCCGCGCCACUUCUACAAUUUACUGAUAAUGUGGCAUGCGAAGUGUUUGCUCGGAUAGCAACGUCGGAUUAUCGUGCCUCGAAUCCAACGUGCGCACACCUUAUCCGACAAGCAUGGAGCACAAUAAGUAACGUGACUUCAAAAGACGAAGGUAAAAAGUGGCUGUCGGAUAAUUGGAAACUAUGUGAACCGCUAAAUACUACGAAGGACAUCAAAACGCUGAAAGAUUUUUUGCAGAAUGUUUAUAUAAACUUGGCUAUGGUUAAUUAUCCAUACGAGACUAAUUUCUUAGCGCCGUUGCCAGGCAAUCCGAUUAACGUUUUUUGUCGAUACCUGACAAAUUCUUCGUUGACCGGAAAACCGCUAUUAUCAGCGCUCCAUCAAGCAGUUAGUGUUUACACGAAUUACACCGGUCAAACGAAAUGCAUUUCGACGAAGGAUGCGGAGCCAGGCCUGGACGCCGAUAAAGGAUGGGAUUAUCAGGCCUGCACAGAAAUGGUGAUGCCGAUGUGCACCGAUGGUGUCAACGAUAUGUUCGAGCCGGCAGAAUGGGAUUUGAAAGAUUAUAAUAAUACCUGUUUUAAGAAAUAUUCCGUUUCACCGCAACCUUAUCUAGUUUGUCAGCGAUACGGCUGUAAAAAUCUUUCCACCGUAACCAACAUUAUUUUCAGCAACGGAUUGCUGGAUCCGUGGACAAGUGGAGGCGUAUUGCGUAACUUAUCCUCGUCGGCGACUGCUAUACUGAUCCCGGACGCCGCGCAUCAUCUUGAUUUGCGAGAAAGUAACGUCAACGACCCAUUCAGCGUUAUUCUGACGCGCAAAUAUCAUCGGUACUUCAUCAGAAAGUGGAUCACGGAGUAUCAGAAAAAUGAAAGACUUAAAUAUUAGUGCAAUAAAAAUGUAAAUUACCGAAUUCCUAGGGAUAACUUGCUUAUUCAUAAUUUUUCUUUUCUUGUUUUUCUUUAUUUCUAAAUUAUAAAUACAAAAACAGGACAUGCACGCCGCGACAACAAUAAAUACUCAGCGUUGCCAUGGAUUGACUACUUAUAACGCAAAACAAAGCGUUGAUAAAAACUUAAUCAAAAACGUAUGCGAAAGAAUUUCGGUAUCACAGUAAAUAAUAAAUGCACAUGUUUCGUCGGGUAUUCUAAAAGUUUCACGAGAGGAUAUAAAAUGUUCUCAAACAACGCAAAAGUCUAAAGCAUGUCUGAAAGAAUAGAGCGCCUUUUCAGACAUUUUCACAAUAGCUUGCAGACAUUUGUGUUGUCUAAAAUUUCUUGUCACAAAUCUAAUAUCACUAGAGUACAUAAAAAUGACUACAUUAUCAAAUAAACUCAUAACGCCAUCGAAAUUAUUUGACACUAAUACUCGACAUUAAUUAUAAAUAUGCGUUGUAUUAAUUUUAGUUUACCUCUUUAUCACUUCAUAAUUUUUUAUGCGAAGUUUAUCCAAAGAGAUUAUGUGUAAGCGAAUAAAGUCACCGAAGAUAUAGGAAUUUCUAAAUAUUAGGUACUUUUCUUACAAGAAAAUUCGAAGUUUAAAUCGAAUCCACAAAUAAAUAUAAGUAUAUUGUGA